CCUUCAACCUCUCCAUCCUCCUCCGCGCGGUCAGCCAAUCGCGGGCGGCGGAGGGCGGGCGCUCCCUGGCCGUUGGGAGGAGGAGCCACGGCAGCAGCAAACUGGCAGCGGCUGCUCGCGGAGGCGCCCCUCCCCCCGUCCCCGAGCCUUCUCUGUCUGUCUCUCUCCGAGGCGACUCCGGGAAGGCCGCGGAGGAGGAGGCGGCCGAGGAGCCGUCGUCGUCGCCGCUGCCGAGCGGAGCCCAGCUCGAGGCUUUAAACUGGUGGAGGAGGAGUAGGAGGAGGAAAGGCUGAGCGGAGGGCGGCCCGUGAGUGUAGGUGCUAAAAACUCACCAGCAUGAUGGGGUCUGAAAACCCAAGCCCACAGAACCCGAGCUGUAAAAUCAUGACUUUCCGUCCCACGCUGGAAGAAUUCCGGGACUUUGGAAAGUAUAUUGCUUACAUCGAAUCCCAGGGAGCUCACAGAGCAGGACUUGCUAAGGUGAUUCCUCCCAAGGAGUGGCAGCCGCGCAGGACCUAUGAUGAUAUUGACAACAUGGUCAUCCCUGCUCCCAUCCAACAGGUGGUGACUGGGCAGUCAGGGCUCUUCACCCAGUACAAUAUUCAAAAGAAACCCAUGCUGGUUGGAGAUUAUCGUCGCUUGGCCAAUAGUGAGAAGUAUUGUACGCCCCGCCACCAAGAUUUUGAUGACCUAGAACGCAAAUACUGGAAGAACCUGACUUUUGUGUCUCCUAUUUAUGGGGCGGAUAUCAGUGGUUCUCUGUAUGAUGCAGAUGUGGAAGAGUGGAAUAUUGGGAAUCUGAACACUCUCCUGGACAUGGUAGAACAUCAGUGUGGCAUUAUCAUUGAAGGCGUCAACACCCCCUACCUCUACUUUGGGAUGUGGAAAACCACCUUUGCUUGGCACACAGAGGACAUGGAUCUCUACAGCAUCAACUACCUGCAUUUUGGGGAGCCCAAGUCUUGGUACGCCAUACCUCCAGAACAUGGCAAGCGGUUGGAGAGACUGGCAAAAGGAUUUUUCCCUGGGAGCUCUCAAGGGUGCGAUGCCUUCCUCCGUCACAAGAUGACCCUCAUUUCACCCUCUAUCUUGAAGAAGUAUGGCAUCCCCUUUGAUCGGAUCACCCAAGAAGCCGGCGAGUUCAUGAUUACGUUUCCUUACGGCUACCAUGCGGGAUUCAACCACGGGUUCAACUGUGCCGAGUCCACCAACUUUGCCACCCUGCGCUGGAUCGACUAUGGCAAGAUGGCCACCCAAUGCACGUGCCGGAAGGACAUGGUCAAGAUCUCGAUGGAUGUUUUUGUGCGGGUCCUCCAACCUGACCGAUACGACUUGUGGAAGCAAGGGAAAGACAUCACUGCUUUGGACCACAUGAAGCCCACUGCCCUCACCAGCCCAGAGCUGGAAGCCUGGAAUCAGACGAAGGAUGCCGUGAAAGCGAAGAUGCUCCGCAAGGCAAACAGGAAGCGGAGCCAGCCCCGAAGGCACAAGACCCAGGAUCAAAAGUUGCUUGGGGAUGAUGUGGCAGUGGAGGCUGCCUUGGAGGAGGUGAAGAUGAAGGAGGACCAGAGGAGAAUCCCGAGUUUGAACGAAGAGGAGAGAAGCAAAGCAUCGGACAGCAAAGAAGGUGAAUCCAAGCCGAAGACCCGGAUGCUAAAAGGAAGAGGGGAGAGGAAGAAGAAGCAGCCGCAUCUCCACCGCUUGCCUCAGCCUCCUCCGCUCCCACUGCAGCAGCUUCUGCCGCCGCUCCUACUACCGCAGCCGCCCCAGCAGCAGGAGGGGCCGUCUCGGGCCCUUUCAGAGAAGGCGGGGCCUGAGGCCCAGUCCCCCACAUCUGCACCAGUGAAAGAAAGCCUCCCCCCGAUGCCUGCCCUCGAUGCCCUGUCCUCCGAAGCCUCCGGGGAGGAGGAGGGGGUGAAGCCCCGCCGCAUUAUCCCCAUGCUUUAUGUGGUUCCACGGCCCAAAAAGGCGGCGUCGGAGAAGAAGCACGUCUCUUCCUGCCAGGACAGGCUGGAGCGGUUCGUCCCCCAAGAGCAGGGGCCCCCCUUGGAUCUCGGCAGGAAAAAUGCGGAGAGCGGCGAUGGAGAGAACCCGGAGGUGCCUGCCGAGCCCAGUAAACUGCAGACAACUUCUACUUUCUCUAAACUGAAGAUGGAGAUUAAGAAGAGCCGUCGCCACCCACUAGGCAAGCCCCCCACCCGCUCCCCGUUGUCUGUGGUGAAACAGGAAGCCUCAAGUGAUGAAGAAACCCUCCCCUUCUCCGGUGAGGAAGAUGUUGGUGACCCCGAGCCCUUGAAGUCCUUACUUUCCCUCCAGUGGAAAAACAAAGCGCCCAACUUCGUAGCUGAGAGGCGGUUCAACGCUGCAGCUGCCUUGACUGAGCCAUACUGUGCCAUCUGCACCCUCUUCUACCCCUAUAAUCAGUUGGAAAAAGAGACAGCCCCGACCCCCCCUGGAGAAAGCUCCUCACUCCAACCCCUUCUGAAAUAUGGGCAGAAGACCAAGCCUCUGAUUCCGGAGAUGUGCUUCACCUCAAGCGGCGAAAACACGGAGCCCCUCCCUUCCAACUCCUACAUCGGAGAGGAUGGAAGCAGCCCCUUGAUCUCCUGUGCCAGGUGCUGCCUUCAGGUCCACGCCAGUUGCUAUGGGAUACGUCCUGACUUAGUGAACGAAGGCUGGACCUGUUCUCGGUGCUCCGCCAAUGCACUGCUAGCGGAUUGCUGUCUCUGUAAUCUCAGGGGAGGAGCCCUUCAAAGGACCACAGAUGGAAGGUGGGUCCACGUCAUCUGUGCGAUUGCCGUCCCAGAGGCCCGCUUCCUCAACGUCAUUGAGCGCCACCCUGUAGACAUCACUGCCAUUCUAGAGCAAAGGUGGAAACUGAAAUGUGUGUACUGCCGGAGGCGGAUAAAGAAAGUGUCCGGCGCCUGCAUCCAAUGCUCCUACGAGCACUGUUCCACCUCUUUCCACGUCACCUGUGCCCACGCAGCAGGAGUGCCCAUUGAGCCGGAUGAUUGGCCCUAUGCUGUGUCCAUCACCUGCUUCAAGCAUAAAGCAGCCAGCCACAUGAUCCCAUUUUCAAGGGAGGUAUCUCUGGGUCAGACGGUGAUUACCAAGAACCGGAACAGCCUCUACUACCGGUGCAAAGUGAUCGGUGUGACAACACAGACCUUCUACGAAGUCAAUUUUGAUGACGGCUCUUACCUUGACAAUGUUUACCCAGAGAACAUUAUGAGCAGAGACUGCCUCCAAAUGGGGCCACCUGCUGAGGGCGAGUUGGUUCAGCUGCAGUUGACCGAUGACAUCACUUACCAAGCCAAGUUUAUUACUGCCCAUAUCUGCCAGAUCUUUCAGGUAGAGUUUGAAGAUGGCUCUCAGCUGACGGUCAAAAGAGGCGAGAUCUACAGCCUGGAGGAGGAGCUUCCCAAGAGAGUAAAAUCACGCUUGUCCCUCAGCACUGGGGCUCCCCAGGAAGACACCGUCUCGGGAGAGGACUCAAAAGCAGCCAAGCGCCCUCGCGUGGGCAACGCCAAGAGCCCUGACGAGAGCGGGCCCAGUCCCGACUACUUUGCCAUCAUGGAGAGCCUGCUGCAGACCCCCUUUCACCCAGGAGCACAGAGCAGCGGCAUGUUCUGAACCGGGAGGAGCAACGGUUUCAUUAAAAAAACAAAAAAAAAAGCAACUCUUUUGAACAUCCCUAUUCACAUCCCUGCGAAAAAUAACUUAACUAGAAAACUGUGGAGCGAGAGACCCAGCCUUUGUGCAAUAACUUGCGAGUUGAUUAUUUUCUUCCCUUCUUGCUUUGGACUUCAGAGGAGCUUGCCCUGCUCUGGCCUACCUCUGUUCUUCCUGCCGAUGGAUUUUCCUUUUGUGGGGGGUCCCGUUCCCCGUGGAAACGUUGGAAGAAUAUGUGCAACUGAACUUUAGAACUUGGUUUCGUUUUGUCUGGCCGCUUUCCAUUGGUUAAAAACUUGGAGAAGCAUUCAAAAUUUACAACAGUGACUCCAGUUUUUAAAUCUCAGCCAUUUCUCUCUCUCUCUCUCUCUCUCAUAUGAAUUUUUUUUCUUUCUUACAUUUCUUGAAAAGGUGCUAUUUCCCUAACUACUAAAGCCGCCUUUAUGGAAUUAGCGAUUUGUGUAUGUGUGCAUAUGUACACACACACACAUAUAUAAAUUGCCUUUGACAUUUUCUAUUAAAAAAAAGGAACAAUGCGUUAAAAAAAAAACAACACAAGCAGCAACAACGCAAUGAAAAAAGGGAAGAUUUCGAUUUCCACCAUUUUUUUCUUGGAACAUGGCUUUAAAACAUGAAAUUUCCCUUCUGAUGCUCUUUAAGAAAAAGGGUUGCUGCCAUGUUGGGGAGAGGGAGAGGAGGUUUUCUGAAAUACCUUUUUAUGGGGAAAAGAUAUUGGGAUAAUGUUUGUGUUGGACAAAAAGUUUUCUCUUCUGCUGAAAUGUUUUGUAAUAAAUAGGAGCAUCACAACAGCUACUGGAUGGGAUUCAGUGUUAACCCUUGUAUGAAAGCUGAAUAGGUUGUCUGUUGCAUCCCUGUCCUUGGAGGAUUUCGUAUUUAGUGUUUGGAACAGUUGCACAUUUCCUCCCUAAGCAUUGCGUUGGCAUGAGUUUCAGUUAAGAAACAUCAGUCGUUUGACUGUUCUUUGACAGGUGAUGGAGAGAGGCAGUCAAAUUAUUACUAUUUUUCAGGGAGGGAGGGACUCCUGAUUCCCCAUGCAGAGGCAGUUGUGGUGUCUGGGAUCAGCUCUGCCCUGUCAACAGCUUGCUUCUGUUUAAUUCCUGCCUCUUGAUGACUACACAUUUCAUGUGGGGGAGGAGAGGGGGAAAGGGUGGCUAGCCUUCACUCUGUCUCCAAGAUCUGCCACAUUCUUCGAGCGGUCCUGAGCAUGAUCUGCACAGAAAUCUUUUUGUCCUUGUUUCGUAGUUGGCUGAGAAGUUCUUCCUUGAUAGUGGGUCUGGGACAGGAGAGGUAUUUCUGGGUGUUGAAACAUCCAUGCUUGAGACAAAGGCCUUUGCGAGAGGCUGGACUUUGUCUUGCAGGAAGAGUCAACAGCUAUGAAUUUGUUUGGGUGUGGGGAACCGAAGCAAGCAGGCUGGGCCCCCGAUAUAGAUUGGACUAGAUACAUGAAUCUGUGCAGAUACCCAGUUCAUGCUUUUGUGUUGCACGCAUCCAGCCCUGGCUUCUUUUGAUGCGUUUGAUUUAUCAUUUGCAACACAGAGCUCUGUGCGCACAGGCAAAUAGGACUCUCCGUGUCUUAAGUGGCAGGCCUCUUACCUCUCCCAUCCCUGGAUGUGCAUAUGUACUGACCAUGCCGCAGCACGGCUUGCGCCAGGAAAGAACAAAAGUAUUUCAGUAGAAAACUCUUCCAGGAGCUUGUCACAACAGGUGGUGGUGCGGAAACUUUUCCCCAUGUUGCAUCCCAUAACAGACACCGUCUUGCCCUUCCAAGCUAAUAAAGGACUUCUGCGUUCCUUUGCAGACUGCUUUCUUCUCCCCUCCACUUAGGAAUUGGAGGUUGAGGAGAGGUUAAAAAUUGUGUUUUUACCUCCCAGCUUUCUUCUGAAUGUGUGUGAAUUUCCACAAAUGCCACCUUUUGCGAACUAUUUUGGGACUUACUUUUUUAAAUCUCUCCUUCUCCCCGGCAAAAAAAAACCCAUACAGAAAUCUUGCAUGACAAACGAGAUCUUGCCAAGCUAAACUUCCUUGACAUCUUGCCAUUAAGAAUCAGAAUACAGGAGAAACCUCCUUCUCUGUCGUCACGCCCCCCCCCAACACGCACAAUUUUUCUUCAUAUCCAUCCCGAUGCAUUGCUCUCCUCUUUAGAAAAGAAAAAUGGCAGAAAGGGGAACAUGGCUUGUAUGAAAGACAUUUCUUCAGAAAAGAAGGAACAUGCGGCAGUAGUUUUAAGGCAGCGCUUGAAAAAGAAUUUGGAGCUGCCUGUUGUUUGCUCUUAGUAAACUUUGGGGGUGGGGAGAGGGAGUGGUCAAGGGUGGGGCACGCUGGUUCAGGAUGGGCUGGUUGCAAGAGAAGGGGAAAUGGGGUCCACUGCAUGGAUAAAUGCUGACUGAAGUACCACCAUUGCUGUAAUUAUUGUGUAUAUUUAUAUUGUAAAAAACCCCCCAAAACAUUGUUCUCUCCCCCACUCCACCCCCAAGUAUUCAGAUGGUGAACUUUGAUUUUUGUUUAUGCCGUGAACCUGGCUUUUGUAGAACAUGCAUCUUUUCUUUUUGCUGGUUGUAGUUUUUGUUUCAUAUUCCCUCACAGAGACCCCUUUUUCUAAUACACGUACCAGUUUUGGGAAUGAUUUUGUGAUCUCUUUGGGGAAAGGGCCACUAUGGAGAGAGAACGAGCAAACCUCCCUCCCAACCCGCCUCUCACUGACUUUAUAUUUGUAAGUGGUCUAUAAAAGGGGCUUUGUUUCCUCUUA